AUGAAUUUUGAAUUUGAGAGGGAGAUAGGCUUCAUAAACAGCCAGCCAUCGCUAGCGGAGUGUCUGACGUCCCUUCCCGCUGUCCUGGAGACAUUUCAAACUUCAUCAAUCAAGGAACCAACGACGUUAAUUCCUCCUCCUUUGGAACAAACCCUCCUCGGCUUGGAUCCUUGUUCCAGCAGCCAGCCUGUGCUGAGGAGCCAAAAGAAAGCAAAGCAUGGGCAGGCCCAGAAAGCCACGCUCCAGUCUUCUGCUCUGGGUGGAGAAUUCCCCUGGAUGAAGGAGAAGAAAUCUUUUAAGAAAGCUAACCAGAUCCCAGCUUCUUUGUCUCCUUCCUCUUCUGUGCCUGGAUUUGUCCCGGCUUCUCCUGCAGACACGUAUUUAGACCACAGUGAAAAAGCUUCCCGACGGCUGAGGACGGCAUAUACCAACACGCAGCUCUUGGAGUUGGAGAAGGAGUUCCAUUUUAACAAAUACCUCUGCAGACCCCGCCGGGUGGAGAUCGCGGCUUUGCUGGACUUGACGGAAAGGCAAGUGAAGGUCUGGUUCCAGAACCGUCGGAUGAAGCACAAGAGGCAAACACAGCACAGCGCAGAUCCCGCCGAAGAGGACCAAGGCAGCAGUCAGGAAACAGGGGAAGCCGAGAACGGCAGCUCUUCCUGCAGAGGAGCGCGGAAGAUGCCUUGUCCCUACCCAGCCGGCAGCCACAGCAGAGAGACUCGGAGCGCUCCAGCGCCUUACCCGAUGCUGAGCCAGGGCAGAGCUCCGGCGGCAGAGCUCGGCGGAACCGCCGGCGGUCGCACUAUCUCCUCUUGCUCGUCCUCUUGCUCUGGCUCCUCGCCGGGCGACGGGUUCCCGGGAAGUCAGAAGUCCCCUUUGCUGCCGCUGGACCCGAGCGCCUUCUCGGCGAAUUCCUGCCCACAGGCCGCAGGAGAGCUUUCACCCAGCCUCCAGGGCUGCGCAGAUAGCCCUAUAAGUUUCUCCCUAGAAGACCUAGACUUUUUUACCAGCACGUUGUGUGCGUUGGAUUUGCCCCAUUUCAAUUUUUAA